UGCACUCUAUUAGACCCUUAGGCAGCAAGAAACUGGUCCGUAGCUACCCCGAGCAUUCCUUCGCUUCCCUUCAUGGCCCAAGAAGUCCUCGACGACGACGCCGUCCUCAGCGACAUCGACGACGACGAUGACACAAACCCCGCACCCGCCUCCUCUGGCCAGCCUCUCUCCACGGCCGACGACCGCCGCGUCCACAACCUCCUGGCCGAGCUCGAACAGGAGCGCCGCGUCCGGAAGGCCGCCGAGGACGAGCUCUCCCGUCUCCAGUCCACCCACAACCGCCUCAAGGCCUUCGCCCAGGACGUCAUCCGGAAGCGCGACGACGCCCUUCGCGAGAAGGAGGACGGCGCACGCUCCGCUGCCCAGGUGGCGGGGGAGCUUGCCGAGGCCGUGAGGCUCAAGGACGAGGCCUUGAGGCAGAAGGACGCCCUCCGGUCGGAGAUGGAGUCUGCCGCCCAGAUGCUGGUUUCCGGCAUCGAGAAGGUUUCCGGAAAAGUCGCCGACUUUAAGAAUUUCUCCGCCGGCGGCCUGCCGAGGUCGGAGAAGCACACCGGGAUGCCGGCCGUGGCCUACGGCGUCGUCAAGAGGGCGGACGAGAUCGUGAAGGAGCUCGUGAAGCAGAUUGAUGCGGCGGCCAGGUCCAGAGAUGCAGCUCGUGAGCAGGUGGAGCAGAGGAACUAUGAGAUUGCCAUUGAGGUCUCAGAGCUUGAAGCAACAAUUGGUGGGCUUAGAGAGGAGGUCUCUAAGAAGGGCUCUGAGAUUGAGAAACUGGAGAAGUUGGUUGCCGAGAGAGAUGCCAAGAUUUAUAUCUGGGGAAGGGAGAAUUCAGAACUGAGGCAGUUUAGGGAGGAUUUUUAUAGCAAAUCCAGGAGCUUGGAGACCAAAAUAGAGUUGCAGAGGCCAUUGCUUAUCGAUCUGUUGAAUCACAUGUCUAAGGCUUAUGAACAGAUUUAUGAUAUUAUUCAAAUUGCGGAUGCAAGGACAUUGGAUCAAUCAGAGUUGUUGGAUUCUUUGUCUAUGGGCAAACAGUUGGAUGUGGACUUGAAUUUACGAACUUUGUUGGAAGCAUCGAUUUCUAUCUAUAAGCUGGCCAAGGUUGCUGUAGACAAAUUAAGGGAAAAAAUGGAAGAGAAAGGACAAGAGACAAGAGCUUUGAGUGAUAAAGUGGCUGAAUUAUUGGUGGAGAAGCGGCAUAUUGGUACCUUGCUUAGAAGCACAUUGUCAUCAAAGACAGAUAAGGUGCUGCAAAUGGCAGAAAAUGGGCUGAGAGAGGCUGGGAUAGAUUUGAGACUCAAUGGUCAUGGGAGGCAUGGUGUGGAGGAGAGAGAAGAAGACGAAGUCUAUACAUUGGCUGGUGCUUUGCAGAAUAUUGUGAAAGCAUCUCAACUUGAGAUCGUUAAGCUGCAGCAUUUAGUGGAAGCACUAAGGGCAGAGACUAGCCUACUUAAGGCAUAUGUGGAUUCUCAAACAAAAGAGAUUGCUCAGCAGAAGCAACAAAUUAAAGAACUUAAGGAGAAGGAGCAGAUGGCAAAUGAAAGUGUCGAAGGCCUGAUGAUGGACAUUGUAGCUGCAGAAGAAGAAAUUGUAAGAUGGAAAACAGCAGCAGAGCAAGAAGCUGCAGCAGGCAGAGCUGUUGAACAAGAAUUUCUCGCACAGUUGUCAACUCUACGGCAGGAGUUGGAUGAGGCAAAACAAGCCUUGAUUGAUUCAGAGAACAAGGUCAAGUUUAAGGAAGAGACCGCAGCUGCAGCAAUGGCUGCAAGAGAUGCAGCUGAGAAAUCUUUGAGGCUUGCAGACCUAAGAUCAACAAGGCUGAGGGAGAGGUUGGAGGAGCUGAUGCAGCAGCUUGAGAAAUCUGAAAAUACAAAUGAUUCGAGGAAUCAGAACAGUCACAGAUAUGUUUGUUGGCCAUGGCAGUGGCUAGGGUUAAACUUUCUAAGAUACAAUACUGAUACACAGGGAAGUCCUAAUGAGAUGGAACUCUCAGAACCCCUCAUCUGAUUUAUAAACAAAAGUGAGCACUAGUAAUUUGAAUAGGAAAUAGUGCCAAGUUUUUGUAUUCUUUGUUAGCAUUUCGUAUCUAAAGUUAGGAUCCUGCCUCCUAUAGUCUUUGAUGAACGAACAGAAGGGUAGAAUUGUGCAAAGUCAAUGGAAAAUUAGAAUGUGUUAUUCUUUUU